UGCAUCCUUCUCAAUUAGCGUGGUGAAAGAAAUCCGAGAGAUUCCAAAUGGUGUUUACAAAUAGAAAUGGCGGGUGCAAAGAAAUAUCCUGAUCUGAGAUUUUUAUUCAUGCGAGGUUUAAUCAACCAUGAGAGAGAUCAAAGAUGUCAUCAUUAUUUGAAAUCUGCAGCAGAGUGCACAUCAAGGGCAGUUGUAUCUCUAGAGUUAGCUGAUGAACCUAUUAGAUCAGUAAAACAAGCCAGGAAACUUGAAGGGAUUGGAUGUGAGACUUGCUCAAGACUGACCAAGCUAGAGAAAGAGAAAGAAUUUAGUUGCCUAAGGCCUUUAGGUGGACGUUUUGUAAGCAGUGCAGGAGGUAUUCUUGUUGCUUUGUUAGAUGCUACAGAGGAGGCCAGACAUAAAGAUAAUUGCAGUCCAGGUAAAGUGAUUUUAGUUCCUGAAGAUAAAGUGAAGAGUAGAGCUAUCAGACUGACAGAAGAACAAUUUACGGACGGCACUAAUGAGUUUUGUAAAGCUUGGUGGCGUCUGGAAGUGUUAAUAAAAAGAGGAUAUAUACGACGAAGAAGUCAGAAAAAAUCACCAGUGUUACAACUGAUGCCUUUAGGAAAGGACAUUGCUUUAAGAUUGAGAGCUCAGAAUGGUUUGACUACAACUGUACCAGAUAUAAACCAGGUAUCAGACUCAUCAUGUUCUGUUCCUAGACUUCCUUCCUUGUGUAAACCAGGGGAGAUAAGUCAGACAGCGACAGGGGAGGUAAAUGCUCAGUAUCCUAAACCAGAAUUAGAGGAUUCAUUGUACACAAAUGAUGAUGGUAAAGAUGGUGUUGUUUUAUUGGUUGAUAGACGAGAAUUGGGAGGAGAGAAAAAUGGUCUAGGGGAGCUGUGUGGGUUGUUAGGUAACAGAGGAAUAUGUUAUAAAACUCAACAUCUUAAGACUGGAGAUUACAGUUGGAUGUGGCGAGUGAAUAACAAACAAAUUAUUCUACCAUGUCUGGUAGAGAGGAAAAGAGCUGAUGAUAUAGUUCGUACAUUGAUGGAAGGCCGGUUCUGGUCUCAGGUCAACAAAAUGAAGGAAUGGAAACAAGAUUUCACCAGGAAAGGAAUACAAUGUGCGGUACAUUAUAUACUGGAGAGAAAACCAGAGGAAUAUGUUGUCAAGUGUGAAGAUGGUUGUCAAGGCAUUGUCAAGUGUGGAAAUCCGACCUUGACACAGGUCAAGAUGGUGAUAGAGGAUUUAAAGAAACAUCCUGACUUACUGGUGAAGGAAACUGAUAAUCUCAACAUUACAGUGAUACUGCUGGCAUCUCUUACUGCUGAAUUAAAGGAAAGGGUUAAUAAAGGUGAUUUUGACGAGCUGUUAAAACUAGAGGACUCUAUGAAGAAAUCUCAAUCAUGUCAAACUAAAACUUCUACUGAUGAAAUUAACAAUGUUUGGAAUAAACCAUCAGCUGGUAAAGUAAAGUCAACUACCAAUUCAUUGUCAUCUGAUUUAAGAUUUGAUGAGGAAUUGAGACUGGCUAUUGAGAUGUCCAGGGCUGAAAAGAAUAAAAUUGAUGAGAUCUUGGAAAAUUUAAAUAGUUCAAAGAAGACACAGCAUGGUCAUUUAAAUGUUUCAAGGACAAAAGCGAAACAUACCAGUAGUAAAGGCUCUAAAGAGAGUAAUAAAGUAGAGAGUGAUUGUGUUGUUAUCGAUGACGAUAGUAAUGAUGUUGUUGAGGUUGGCAAUGUCAUUGUUGUUGAUGAUGACGAUGUUGAUGAUGAUGAUGAUGAUGAUGAUGAACUUGCUUUAGUUCUGGAAAGAUCCAAGUAUGACACAUGUAAUAAAACAGAAGGUGUGGCUGAUGUUGCUAAAGGUGGAGCUAUACCUAAAACCCGACCCCUGAUGCAGUACCACUGCAGUGAGGGUGGAUCCCUGAACUACCCAACUCCCAGUAGAACUGCCAGAGAAAAUCAUGCAGCCACGUACAGGCCCAAAAUAAAUCAGAGACAAUCUGUACAUAGUGUUGAUUCUCCUAAGCAGGGUGGAAAUGAUGCUAGGUCACAACCCUUGACAUCAGUGCCAUGUAAUAAAGGGUCACCAGCUAUGUUCAGAUCUUCAAACUGUACAACAGAUGUUAAUGAGAGUGUAAAAAGUUUCCAAAUUCAAAAUACUUAUCCUGGUAUUGACAAUGAAAGUAAUAAAACUAUUGAUUUGUUAAAUGAAUCUCAUACGGAAGAAAAUACCAAAUUGGUGAAAAGAAAACAAAGAAAGAAAGAUUUUGUUUUCCAGCCAGAUGAACACUGCAUAGAAGAAUCGUCUGUUAAUGAUAGUGAACUUAUACCUAAGAAAAAGCCCAGGACAUCUGACUUCAAUUUUACCCCAUCCAGAGACUGUAUAGAAAUAAAUGUAGUUCAGACGUCAGUUGACAAAGAUAAUAAAAAAAGAUGUAAACGAAAUGCUGGAGGCAAGCUUGGUAAAGGAUCUAAAAGUAGAAAAAGAGAAGAUGAAGCACUAUAUAAAGUAGUUGCAGAGUCAGACAUGGGUGACUCUUUAAAUAUGGAACAUACAGACGGCAUAGAAGGUUUAGAUGUUAGUGAAAAGGCAAGCAAGGUUGUUGAAAUUUUAGAAAAUGAUAACAACAAUGGAUAUUGUUCUGAUGAAGAUAUUUUUGCUGACACUGACAGUACAAACGAUAAUCAGACCGUAACAUCGGUGGAAGAACGUGAUAAUGAAGAGAGAAAUAAUGAAAUUUAUUCAGGAAAUGUGGAUAAUUCUGGUCAAAAUGGUGAAUUAUCAUUGUCUCGAGGUAGUGAUAGUCAGGAUAGCUUGCCGGACAUUGAUCUUGAUAUCGCUACACCUGUUAAACACACAUCGGACACAGGUAAUUCCAAAAUGAUGAAAAGUAGUCCACAGAUUUUGAUUCAAGAUGCAUAUACAUGUGGUGCCAGUUGUUCUAAUACCAACACGAACAAAAUGAAUUAUGAUGGUUAUAAAAAUAUUGACCAAAAAUUAGAUCACUCCAGGUUUAGUUCAGGGCAGGAACGAAUCGAUUCCGGAUACGACUCAGAUACUUUGAAUGUUAAUAACAGUGAGAUAGAAAAUAAAGUAGAGCUUGUGAUGUCAGUGUUACCUCAUAUAGGAAGAAAUUCCAUUAGGAAAAUGUUGAAGAGUUGUGGUAAUAAUGUGGAGUUGUGUGUUACACAAUUCUUGGAAGGAAAUGAUGAAAUGUAAGAUGACUCAAAAGUGGUUGAUAUUGACAAAUGUUGUUGUUUGAAUUUUAAAACAAGAAAAUAUCUAGUCAUUGUUGUUGUUUUCUUUAGAACAUCAAAUAAUGGUGAUUUUUAUAGCAUUUUUGUACGUUUUGUAUGAUACAUCGAUUUUUCUCUUUUUUUGUUAUAUGUUUAGUUUUGUAGGUUUAGUUUAUGCAUAGUCUAGUCAUGUAACUAAUUGAGCAUUGAGAGAGCCUUGGAUCAUUAAUGUUGAUAUGUAACUGUAACGGUUCUACAAAACUGAGUAUUGUAACACCUGGUGGAGUGGAGGGACAGGUGUAAUGGUGGGGAGGGUGAAACGGAGGUAGUACAUCUUUCAAUAAUACAGCUGGAGAUUUCACAAUUUAACUUCCUAAAUGUUGACAAUCAUGUAACCAACAAAAACAUACAGAGAUGCCAGCAAUCAAGAAAUGUAGAUAGUCACUUUAUCACUUAAUAAGUAUUGCCAACUUUAUGCCAUGUAGAAGAUAACCUUUAAAAUAGUUACUCACAUGGCAAAUCUAGUUAUAUGGCAGGAAAUAUCUAAUAGGCAUCAGGUGGUACAAUGAUUCAACAGUUUUUGAUUUGUCAUCUAAGAUUUAUUAAUUUGUUGUUAUGACAAUUUAGGGUUGUUGUUGAUUUUUGCUUUUUUUCAUACGUAAUGAGAGAUGGAAAGGAUAAAUCAGCUCAGACUGAAAGCUCAUGUUUAUUAAGACAUGAAAUGUUUGUUACUUUAAGAAAACAUUUUGGUUUACAGUGAAUGUUUUAUCUCCCUUUGUAUGCAAGACGAGAAGUUUUAGGUAUUUGACUCUGAAGUUAUUUUAGAAUGAGUGAUUUUAUCUCCUUAAUUUGUUUGUGAGUUUUUAUUAUGAAAAAAAUCCAAAACAUUUGAUUUUCUGUUAUAUUUGAUGUAUUUAGUCAUUAAAAUAAACUUUAAUUUGUCAUUUUUUUAAAGGCAUGAAUAUUUGAUGUUGUUUUAUAAGACAUAAAACGUAAGAUUUUCUUUAAUAUUUGAAUAUAUUUUAUCUUCAGAGCCAACUCUAUAUUUGUAAUUUUGUAAAAGCAUGUCUUUUUAACACCGAGUUUCUUUUAAUAAGGAGUGAUUUUUUUGUCUUGUUCAUUCAUUAGUGACUUUUAAUCAUGAAAAUAUUUGAUUUUCUGUUAUACAUGUAUUUGAUUAAAUUAAUUAGUCAGUGGUUCUACUCAUUUGUGCCUAAAAUAAUGAACAGCUGGCCACCUGACGUCUUCCACCAACAGUAAAGCUUGAAAGUAUUUGAGCCGUGUCAUGACAAAACCAACAUAAUGGGUUUGCGACCAGCAUGGAUCAAGACCAGCCUGGGCAUCCGUGCAGACUGAUCAGGAUCCAUGCUAUUCACUAUCAGUAUCUCUACUUGUAAUAGGGUUUUUGUAAGCGAACAGCAUGGAUCCUGAUCAGACUGCGCGGAUGUGCAGGCUGGUCUUGAUCCAUGCUGGUCGCAAACGCAUUAUGUUGGUUUUUGUCAUGGCGCAGCUCAUUUAUCUGUACACUCUUGUAGGUGCCCUUGUGGUUAAUUUUUUUGUAUGGUAUUUACUCAACUUUAAGACAAGUUGCUCAUAAGUUAGGCUCUAUAUUUUAUUGUAAAAUCAGAAUGUAUUUUCAUUUUCUUUCAUAUGGCAUUAGUUUGAUGUCUUUGAUAAAGCUUGAACUGUUUUGUAUCAAAUUUGAAACAUCUAUACUCUAUUAUUUUUUUCUGUCUGAGAGAUGAAAUUUUAUAAAAUGUAUAGCAAAUAUUAAAUGAUUGAAACAUGACAUUUUACUAACAUGAUUACUAGUAUUUGGUAAUAUCUUGAUAUCCCCAAAAUUGAUAAUAAUGGUCAGCUAAAUAACUACACCCUCUUGUGAUGGAGGGGCUGAAGUAUCAGAAUUGCAGCCACCUUUUAUCCCUGCCGUUAGCUAAAAUCAUCUUUCCUGAUUUGUCGCCAUAUGAUCUUAAAUAAGUUUUUUAGCUCACCUUAGCUUGCUCAGGGUGAGCUUUUAGGAUCGGUGAAUGUCCGUCGUCCGUCCACAAUUGCUUGUGAACAAUCUAGCGGUCGCAUUUUUGCCUCAAUCAUCAUCAAACUUGGUCAGGGUGCUUAUCUAGUUGAAGCUCGGAUGAGUUCGAACAUGGGUCAUCUCGGAUGAAAAAGUAGGUCACUGGAGCUAAAAAUAGAAAAACCUUGUUAACACUCUAGAGGUCACAUUUUUGACCCAAUCAUCAUCAAACUUGGUCAGGAUGUUUGUCUAGGUGAUAGCUGGGAUGAGUUCGAACAUGGGUCAUCUCGGAUGAAAAAGUAGGUCACAGGAGCUAUAUAUAGAAAAACCUUGUGAACACUCUAGUGGUCACAUUUUUGAACCAAUCAUCAUCAAACUUGGUCAGGGUGCUUAUCUAGUUGACAGCUUGGAUGAGUUUGAACAUGGGUCAUCUCGUAUGAAAAAGUAGGUCACCGGAGCUAAAAAUAGAAAAACCUUGUUAACACUCUAGCGGUCACAUUUUUGCAUCAAUCAUCAUCAAACUUGGUCAAGAUGCUUAUCUAAGUGAUAGCUCGGAUGAGUUCGAACAUGGGUCAUCUCGGAUGAAAAAGUAGGUCACUGGAGCUAAAAAUAGAACAACCUUGUUAACACUCUAGAGGUCACAUUUUUGCAUCAAUCAUCAUCAAACUUGGUCAAGAUGCUUGUCUAGGUGAUAGCUUGGAUGAGUUCGAACAUGGGUCAUCUCGGAUGGAAAACUAGGUCACAGGAGCUAAAAAUAGAAAAACCUUGUUAACACUCUAGUGGUCACAAUUUUGACUCAAUUGCCAUCAAACUUGGUCAGGAAACUUGUCUAGGUCAUUGCUGGGAAUUAAUCGAACAUGGGACAUCUCGGAUGAAAAACUAGGUCACAGGAGCUAAAAAUAGAAAAAUCUUGUUAACACUCUAGUGGCUACUGUUGUGAUCCAAAUAUUCUGUUAAUUGGUCUGAAAGUUUGUUUUGAUAAUUUCUAAGUCAAGAUCGAACAUGGGUCAUCUUGGAUGAAAAACUAGGUCACACCGCCCAAAUAUGGAAAAACCUUGUUAACAUUCUAGUGGUCACAUUUUCGACUCAAUUAUCAUCAAACUUGGUCAGGAUGCUUGUCUAGGUAAUUGCUUGGAUGAGUUCGAAAUCGCAUGUGAAACUAGGUCACCGGAGCUAAAAAUAGAAAAAUCUUGUUAACACUCUAGUUGCUACUGUAUUGAUUCAAGUAUCCUGGAAAUUGGUCUGAAAGUUUGUUUUGAUGAUUUCUAGGUCAAGUUUGAAUAUGUGUCACCUGGGUAAAAAACUAGGUCGCACUGCUCAAAUAUGGAUAAUCCUUGUUAACACUGUCACAUUUUUGACUCACCUGUCAUGAGACUUGGUCAGAAUGCUUGUCUAGGUAAUUGUUUGGAUGAGUUUGAUAAGUCAGGUGAGCGAUCUAGUUUGUUUUUCAACCAAACAAACAUAAAUCCAACCAAACAAAGAAACAAAACCUAAAAGCUUGACAAAUCCUUGGAAGAAAUUCAGCAGGGUAAAUGUUAGUGUUUAUUUUUCUUGGUUAGUUAACAUGGUUAAUAUAGAAUUAUUGAAAUCUAUAUUCAUUCCAACUUUCACAGCAACAUGAAAAAUUUAUGAUUAUAAAAAAACGUAAGUUAAUUGUGUCACAAUAUGAAAACAUACUUCUCUCAUUGAAGUUAAGUUCACAAAUUUUAUGAAUGCUUUUCAUAUGUUUAUACCUUUGUGUCUUGAAAGCAUGUUUCCAUUCACAAUAAAUAACUGUAUUACUGUCAUUACUAGCUAUAUUUGUUAAUUGAUAAUAAACAUAAGAUAAACCCAA